UUUUGAUUUCCGAGCUAGAACGGAUCCAAAUAGCUCAAAUAUAGCCAUCUUAUUUAGAUUUUGAGCCCCAUCAAACAAGAUUCAAUUUCAUUAAAUUGGUUCAAAAUCAAAUACAAUGAGUCGACCGUAAGGCCCGACCCGUUUAACAGUCGACCUUCGUCCCUAUAUAACCCUAAAAAUCCUUCCCUUUCGUCGACGAAUUUCUCAACCCAUUUUCUUUGUUUGCGAGUUAGUUCCUCUUUCUUUCUUCUCUGUAUCACGAUGAUGAGAGCUUCUCUCCUCCGAUGCGCGGAAACCGUGCAGAGAAGAGGCUCCUCUUCUUCUCCUCUUAUCUCCCGAUCUUUCUCUUCCGGCUCGCUUCCCGACCGAAAAGUCGCCAUCCUCGGCGCAGCUGGCGGGAUAGGCCAGCCUCUCUCUCUUCUCUUGAAGUUGAAUCCUCUCGUUUCCAGCCUCUCCCUCUACGAUAUCGCAGGCACUCCCGGCGUCGCCGCCGAUGUCAGCCACAUCAACACUCGAGCCGAGGUGGCGGGAUAUGCGGGCGAGGAACAGCUCGGGAAAGCUCUUGAGGGAUCAGAUGUUGUUAUUAUACCCGCCGGAGUUCCAAGGAAGCCGGGUAUGACUCGAGAUGAUCUGUUCAACAUUAAUGCGGGGAUCGUGAAAUCUCUUGCUGCCGCCAUUGCUAAGUACUGCCCAAAUGCACUUGUUAAUAUGAUUAGCAACCCGGUGAAUUCAACGGUGCCUAUUGCUGCAGAGGUGUUUAAGAAGGCGGGAACUUAUGAUGAGAAAAAGCUUUUUGGUGUUACUACUCUUGAUGUUCUCAGAGCUAAGACCUUCUAUGCUGCCAAGGCUAAGGUUCCAGUCGAGGAGGUUAAUGUCCCUGUAGUUGGUGGGCAUGCGGGUAUUACUAUCUUGCCUCUAUUUUCACAGGCAACUCCUGCAAGUAAUUCCUUGUCGCAUGAGGAUAUUAAGGCUCUUACGAAGAGGACCCAGGAUGGAGGAACUGAGGUCGUGGAGGCAAAGGCAGGGAAAGGUUCUGCAACAUUGUCCAUGGCUUAUGCAGGUGCCAUUUUUGCUGAAGCAUGCUUGAAGGGCCUGAAUGGAGUUCCGGAUGUAAUAGAAUGCUCUUUUGUCCAAUCACAUGUUACAGAGUUACCUUUCUUUGCGUCAAAGGUAAGGCUGGGAAAGAGGGGUGUUGAAGAAGUGCUUGGAUUGGGCCCUCUCUCUGAUUUCGAGAAGCAGGGCUUGGAAGGUCUCAAAUCCGAGCUCAAGUCCUCCAUUGAGAAAGGGAUUAAAUUCGCCAGUGAGAAUUAAUCGCUGCAGAAUUUAUUUAUGCAAUUUUCCACAUUUUGGUUUUACAGUUUAAUGCAUUUUAUCUUGGAGGGAAAAAAAAAACAAAAAAUUGCUUUGGUUCUAACCGGGGAUUGUAUCCAACCAAUAAACAGAAUGCUUUCUAAUGUUGUGUUACCGUAUGCAUUAACUCAAGUUAAAACCUUCAGGUUUAUAUAUGUUACUGCUAUGAAUUUGCCUGAGUUU